AAGGACAUGAGUGAUGUUAAACUGCAGAGGUUUAUCUCUAAGAAAGCUUGGCGAGGGUAUAACGGGGAGAAAGUGUUGAAGAUCCGGGAACAGUAUCCAGAUAUAGACCCGUAUCUUCACACUGAGAUUGUCUUGGAUUGGAUAUCUGCCAAGAAACCUAGACAGAUGGUUGUCACUGACUUCUGGGACUGCUCAGUGCAACUGUACCUGAACAGCGUGUACCAGGACCUGAUGAGACAGCACCUGUCAGCCCGCAAGUACGAGGUAUCCUACGUGUGUCGCACACACGAAGUGGGCGAGCUACAAACAUGCCAAUCAUUCACCCUGGAUAACACCCAGAUAGCAGAUCUCAUUGAGGGACAGAGUGUUCAGUUGAGGAACACGUGCAAUUUCGGACGGUUUUGUGAGAGUGACACUGAUCACGUGGUUAAUAUCAAACUGGAGGGUUCGCCCACGUGCUCGGUGCUGAUUGAUGAUGCGUCAUCUCCGGUAGAUGGACACGCCCAUCUGGCCUUGGGCUACAAACAUUGGUUCAUCAUUAAACCGGAGAGUUGUGAGCUGGUCUCACUGUGUUUAUCCAGUGUGGGCAACUUAACGAGUCUGCUCAAGAAGAGCAAACAGUGCAAACUUUAUGCACUCAUGUUAAAUUGUGAUAGUGUUCUGAAAUGAGAAGACUUCCCAGCGGGAGACUGCUCUUUAUUUAUUUGCAGUUCUAACUUCUUAACAAUCAUAUUGUGUACUACAAGACAAAUGGAGUUAUUCUCUUAAAGCCCUCAAAAGAGAACUCAGAACUCUAAGAAAACUAAUGAUCAGACAGCUCAAAACGUAAGAAAAAACAAUCGUAACCUUGAUAACCAUAGUAACCAUGGUAACCAUGGUAAAAUUACCUUGAGCAUUGACGAGAGCACGGCACUGCAGUGAUGCUGUUUGGGACUAGUACGCGACUUGUUCCACAGAGAGGUAGUCAGCAGGUGGAGGGUGUUUAUCUGGAUGUCGUGGGAGGGUACGAAGGAUUUAGGGGGUCGCUCCUCCAGGAAGGAACACAUUGUGAAGAUGAUGGUGUGCUCCAGGGAGUGGAUGGAGAUCAGCAUCUUCAUCAGCUGAGAGGGGAGUUAGUAGCGUUAAGGCUCUUUUUUUAAAGAUUUACGGAAUUGUAUGUAUAUUGUGUACGUUAUGAAAACUGUUAGGAGCGUAUAAUUUAUAUCAGAAUGAAGUUUGUUAACAAGUAUUGUAAAUACAAUUAUUUAUGUUUAUUUUAUUUUCAGAUAUGAAAAUAUUUUCUGUCACAUUCU